AUGGAUAAAUUUUUAUUUGGAAAACAAUCUACUUCUCCGGCAGAAGAUGAUGAACCUUGCACAAGCAGUAUUGCUAAGAAAAGAAAGAUUGUGAAUAGAAAAUACUCCGAAGACUACAUUCGUUAUGGCUUUUAUUGGUGCGGCGAUGAAGCGGCUCCGAAACCAUUAUGUGUAAUUUGCAACGAACAAUUAACAAACGACUCAAUGGUGCCCAGUAAACUAAAUCGCCAUAUAACUUUAAAACAUCCGAAUUGUGCUAAAAAGGAUAUAUCAUAUUUUCAAAGGCUUUUGGCUCAAAAUUUAAAACAAAAAAAAUUUAUGAUGUCGACCGUAUCUGUUUCCGAUAAAGCAUUAGAAGCUAGCUAUUACAUUGCAAAAUUAAUAGCUCGUGAAAAGAAACCUCAUACUAUUGGAGAAAAACUUAUUAAACCAGCAUGUAUGGAAAUUGUGCGAGUUAUGCUUGGACCUAAAGAGGUUCAGGAAGUGAGUAAGGUUUCACUGUCAGCUGAAACUAUUAAAAGACGUAUUGGCGACAUGUCAACAGAUAUUUUGAACACGCUUAUUUUGAAAUUGAUCGCAGCUAACAAUUUUGCUCUUCAAAUUGACGAGUCAACGGAUAUUAAAAAUCAAGCACAAUUAAUUGCAAUUGUACGUUUUGUUGACGAAGAUUGCAUAAAAGAAAAUUUUUUAUUUUGUAAAAAACUUUCCGAACGAACUACUGGAGAGGAUAUUUUUCGAGUAACUGAUGAAAUACAUAAUCUACAAUGGAGUAACUGCAUGAGUAUUUGUACUGAUGGCGCCGCAGCAAUGACUGAACAAUUGAUAACAGAAUUUGAACCAGCAAUGAAAUUUCUAUUGAUGACUCAGAAGGCACUUUCCAAAACUGUUGGUGUAAGUAAGGUACAGAACCUCUCAAAAUAA